CCGCUGCCUUCACAUUCAGGGUGGCGUACCUUACCUAUUCCCUGCACAGUGUAGGUAUUCCGUACACUAUGUAAAUCCGGCCUCUGAUAUCAUAGUAUCUUCUCUGCUGCUCUCUAGUCCCAGGGGACGGACAAGGUGGAAAGAAUUUGAAGCAUACCAGUGCCGGAUCUGUUUCUCACCCACUCUGAAACAAAGACACAACUCUGCAACAACGACCGCAAUGACAGUGAAAUUGAAAUUGACCGACCUGCCCGAUGACGUCCUCUUCCUUGUCCUCGCCGAGUUGGAGAGUGCACGGGACGUAAGAGCCCUCUCACUGUGCUGUCGGUCACUCCAGCAGCUGGCGAGCAGCGACGGAUGGCGCAUCUUCAUCAGGAGCAAGUUCCCGUCGCUGUCUGCGCCGCCGCUGUCGGCAAAGUGCCAGACAUGGCGGGAAGUGGCCGAGUCAAUGACGUGGCAAAGUCGCUGCUGGGACAAGCGGUCUCUCCAAUUCCAGGCCGUGAUCCCCCGUGAAGAGCCUCGCAGGAACAAGAGGCCCUCGUACAUGUCGGUUGUGGAUGCCCACUUUGACCCGGCCACGCAAGAGGAGCUCGUCGUGUGGAGUGCCGGCGAGGAUAUCGUCGCACGGUUCCGGGAGCGCCGAGGACGCGGUGAAAUGUCCAGGACCUCCUGGCACCAACUCCGCGGACAGGAGCUCGGUUUUGCUUCCGGCUACGACGACAUCAAGGCCAUCAAGAUUGUCCAGCGGGGCGGCGGACAAGCCAUCAUCACCAGCCGCCACAAUGGCCAGGUAUCUCUUCUGUCGGCUGAGCGAGAUCGCUUCGGCGAGUGCAUCGCCAAGUUCAUUCCUGGCUUGGACUUGAGCAGCGAACCGCGCAAGCCUCUGGAACAGGAGACGACGAACUCUCUGGAUGUCAUGGACAUCGGACGCAAGAGGCUACUCGCUGCCGCCGGGAGAUCCUGCCUCCGAAUCUACGAGCUUCCGGACGGCGAUGCCACCGAGACGAAGCCUUUGACCACCCACGAUGUAGGAGAUUCGGUGAGGCUGGGCGGCGCCAGGUGGAUGGAACAAAGAGAGUGCAUAGCCCUGGCUCUCAGCGGCACUCGAGAUCCCCUCCGCUAUCUCGCUCUCACGCCCUCUGGGUGGACUCUCCAUGCAGCGGCGAAGAGUGAAAGAGUCGCGCAGGAGUUCGGUGUCAAAUACGACCGGACGAUCAGUCCAAACUCCCUGGAACCGGUCCGGCGCCACGCAGGAACAAAGGGAGCAGCAAGCCUGCUUCUCAGCUCCUGGAAAGACGGCACGAUAAGGCUGCAGGACCUACGCACGCCCUCCCCAUUCGACGCCGUCUACCAAGACAACGUGAACCCCUGGCGGAACGCGGAAAGCCUGAUGUCCUACGGCGCCGAGCGCUUCGUAGCGGGGGCCGCAAGCGGGCUGGCGAUCCAGGUCUUCGACUUUCGGUGGACGAAGGGCUACUACCACACCUCCGGGCUGCCUUGCCUUGGGACUGGCCCCUUCCCGCCGCCGCCCCAACCAUUUCUGGCGCAUCCCAUCGCCAGAUCCAACGGCAGGGCCCGAUGCGAGCACCAUGCCGGGGGGCUUCCCUGCCAUUUCCACUCCCUUUCGACGGCGCUCUAUUACCGGCCCAAUGCCAAGUACUUCCUCCGCGACCCGCGACGAUAUCCCCCCGAUGGCGGCGGCGUCUGGUCGCUCGCACGGGGCUCCGACAUCUCGGCCAACUUCUACAUGGGCAUCAAGGGCGGCGUAGUCGAGGCGACGCUGAGGGAAACGCCCGACAGCUACCCAUCGCACGGCCCGGCCGGCGGGGUCGACCCAAACUUCGGUUUCGACGACUGGACAGUAAAACCGCCUGGCGAAAGCGCCUUCACGUCCAAGCCGCUGAAACCCCGUAUGCUGGAGACCGGCGACGGGUACUCGUACAAAUGCAACGAUCGGUCGAUCCUGCUCCCUAGCUUGCGUUAUUACCAGGGUCCUCAAGAGCACCUCAGGAAUUCCCUGACGGGACAUCACCGGAUGGAGAUUGGCUACCACAUACUGGAUGAUUUUGUGCAGAGGCAAACGACGGUGCUUGGGGGUUAG